CCUCACUUCCCGUUAUGCUAUCCACUCAACAAACCUUUCAUUCUUGUUAUUUCUGUUCCUUAAACUCUCUCUGUUUCAUUAUUCUUUACAAAAAAACCAAACAAUUAUUAUUAUUAUUAGAAAAUGGUUGCUUUGGUUUCACAAGAAAAUGUUGUGACAUUGGUUUCUCGUACUGGUAGAGAGUUACAACGUUAUAGAAAAGGUCGUCGUCAAGUUGUCGGAUGUAUACCAUAUAGAUAUAAGAUUGGGGAGAAAAAUUCUUUAGAUGUUUCAGAUGAAUUGGAAGUUCUUGUUAUAAGUUCUCAAAAAGGGAAAGGGAUGCUAUUUCCAAAGGGAGGCUGGGAGUUAGAUGAAUCUCAGAAAGAGGCAGCUUUGAGAGAAACCAUAGAGGAAGCUGGUGUGCGUGGCAUUGUUGAGGGUAAAUUGGGUAAAUGGAGCUUCAAGAGUAAGACAUAUGAUACUUUAUAUGAUGGUUACAUGUUCCCUUUACUUGUUCAAGAGCAAUUGGAGUUUUGGCCUGAACAAAACCUUCGUCAAAGAACAUGGAUGAGCAUAAAAGAGGCAAGAGAUGUUUGUCAACACUGGUGGAUGAAAGAGGCUUUGGACAGACUAGUAAACCGUUUGAUGGGUCAAAAACUUGGUCGUGAAAACCAUAUUCUUCGUUCUCUAAAUUGCAUUGGAGAUGCCAAAUCUGACUUGUUAAUAGUGUAAUUUCUUGGAGGGUAGAGCUCAAUUUUUUUGUGUUUCUUGAAGUUGAGGAGAAAGUUAGUAGGAUCCAAUCCAAUGAAUUGAGCCAUAUUAUGAAUAGUAUAUAGUAUUAAUUAAUAUAUAAAUAAUAAUAGAUUUUAGAUCUCACAUAGAAGUUUGAAAUUCCCCAAAUAAAUAUAGUAGUAUUUUUUUCCUAUGAGAAGGGAAUUUUUAUAUCCAUGAAGAAGAGAGAGAGAGAGAUAGGCCCAAUUGAUUUGAACAUGAUUUUUUCUCAUCUUAUAAUGAGAGGAUCAAUUUUCAAUUAUUAAAUGUAUUUUUGUGGGAAUUCACUUCAUAUGUAUUGCAAAACUUAUUGAAAUCCAUUUAGGUGUAACAAACUGAUUGCUUUGCUUUUUUAAGCAAUAGGUUUGUGUUAAUGUAAGAGGGGUGUUAUGAAUAUUUGAUUAUUUGUAUACCCUCUAUGAUAUGAAGGGACAAGGUUUUUUUUUUUAUCCACUUAUUUUUACUGUGUGA